GUCCGUCCAUAGUUUCACACUAGUUCUCAACGGGGAAAGCUUAUCAGCGCACAAACAAACAAGCACACGGUACUCUUCGCCCUUUCUCUCUGUUUCUCCACAAAUAUCCUAAACUUUGAAGCCCUAAUUUCACUAUGUAUAGUCUAACCGUGAACAGCAGGAGAAAUCAAAUCUUGUUUGGUAUUCGUAGUUAGCAAAGAAGAAGAGGUAAUUGUUCAGGGGACUGAUCAAAUGUCAAUUAUGAGCAUCAUGCGGUCUCGUUCUUGCCGGGCCGGGCAUGACGGAGGCUCGACGGCGGAGUCGGCGAGGAAAGGAAAUCAGGAGGAUCAGCGCAGCUUCUGGGCUAAUAUGCCGCAGGAAAUGCUGAGGGAGGUGUUGGUGAGAAUUGAAGCAUCGGAGAGCUGCUGGCCGCCUAGGAAAAGCGUGGUGGCUUGUGCCGGUGUCUGCCGGAGCUGGAGACACAUCGUUAAGGGUCUUGCCAAGGUACCGGAGAUCUCUGGGAAGCUCACUUUCCCGAUAUCUCUCAAACAGCCUGGUCCGAGGGAUCUUCUCAUCCGGUGCUUUAUAAAGCGGUAUAGGUCAAGCCAAACACAUUAUCUUUACCUUGGUCUAACUAAUGCACUGACGGAUGAUGGAAAAUUCCUGCUUGCUGCACGCAAGAAUAGACGUCCCACCUGCUCUGAUUAUAUUAUAUCGCUUGAUGCUGAUGACAUGUCAAAGGGGAGCAGCACUUAUGUUGGGAAAUUGAGAUCAAACUUUUUGGGCACCAAGUUCACCGUCUAUGAUGCACAGCCCCCUCAUGCUGGAGCCAAGAUGAAGAAAAGUUCUUCCACCAAGCUAUUAAAUUCAAAACAAGUUUCACCGAGAGUUCCUGCUGGCAAUUAUCCAGUUGCACACAUCUCUUAUGAAUUAAACAUGUUAGGUGCCAGGGGUCCAAGAAAAAUGCAAUGUAUAAUGGAUGCAAUUCCUGCCACUGUUAUUGGACCCGGUGGUUUAUGCCCAAUGCAGACCGAGUUUUCUCUUAGCAAUGUAGAUAGCUUUCCAUCGAUCCCAUUUUCUCAAACAAAAUCAAAUCAUAUGGAGAUUUCUCAAUCAGGGUCUGUAGGCGGUCAGAAAGAUGGAGCUCUGGUUUUGAAAAACAAGGCUCCUAGGUGGCAUGAGCAACUCCAGUGCUGGUGCUUGAACUUCCAUGGACGAGUAACAGUUGCCUCGGUGAAAAACUUUCAGCUUGUAGCUUCUCCAGAAAAUGUAUCGGCUGGGCCAGAACAUGAGAAGAUUAUCCUCCAAUUUGGAAAAGUAGGAAAGGAUUUAUUCACCAUGGAUUAUCGUUACCCACUAUCUGCAUUCCAAGCGUUUGCAAUCUGCCUCAGCAGUUUUGAUACCAAGAUUGCUUAUGAAUGACGUGAGAUGAAACAGGGGAUACAGUUUCUCUACGUUGAGGUUUCUUAACCGAUUGAUCUGUAAUGUCAUCCAAGUAAAAGGUGCUGCUCUCCCGGUGAUUGCUAUCACAGACUCACAGGCCUCACCUCGCUGUUAAUUGUUAAUUUUCCGGAAUUUUAAGAAUAUUUUUGUCUGUGAAAUGAACUCUUAUAAAAUAUUAUAGGGUGGUAGCCUAACGGGAAUUUCUUUAGAGUUAAAUCGUAAUAAUUCAAAAAAUUCUGAAUCUCUCUUUGGAGUAGCAA